CCGUGCUGGGGGCUCAGGCGGAUGCUUUUUAGCGCUGCAGAGGAGUACAGCUGUAUCCGACCAUCCGCGCAGGCCAUGCAGGAACCCCUGCUAAGAGCCGAGGGACUGGACUAUGACACCUUCCCCGAGGCGCCCGCGUCGCCUGGAGAGAGGGCACGGGCCGGGGUCCUGCAAAACAGAAGGGUGUUCCUGGCCACUUUUGCUGCUGUGCUGGGCAAUUUCAGCUUUGGGUAUGCCCUGGUCUACACGUCUCCAGUCAUCCCUGCACUGAAGCUCUCUUCCGACCCAGCACUACACCUGGACAAAAUCCAGGCAUCCUGGUUUGGGUCCGUGUUCACCUUGGGUGCCGCAGCAGGGGGCCUCAGCGCGAUGCUACUCAAUGACCUCCUGGGCCGGAAGCUCAGCAUCAUGUUCUCGGCUGUCCCCUCAGCCAUUGGCUAUGCACUCAUGGCCGGUGCCCAUGGCCUCUGGAUGCUUCUGCUGGGGAGGAUGCUGACAGGCUUUGCCGGGGGACUCACUGCUGCCUGCAUCCCGGUGUACGUGUCUGAGAUUGCGCCCCCUGGCGUUCGUGGGGCCCUGGGGGCCACCCCGCAGCUCAUGGCCGUGUUUGGAUCUCUGUCUCUCUAUGCCCUCGGUCUUCUGCUGCCUUGGCGGUGGCUUGCUGUGGCCGGGGAGGGGCCUGUUCUCAUCAUGAUCCUGCUGCUUAGCUUCAUGCCCAACUCGCCCCGCUUCCUGCUCUCAAAGAGCCGGGACGAGGAAGCGCUGCAGGCGCUGACCUGGCUGCGAGCCGACUCUCAGGUCCAUUGGGAGUUUGAGCAGAUCCAGGACAACGUGCGGAAGCAGAGUAGCCGGAUGUCGUGGGCGGAGGCCCGGGAACCCCGUGUGUACCGGCCGAUUCUCAUUGCAGUACUGAUGCGCUUUCUGCAGCAGCUGACGGGCAUCACCCCCGUCCUGGUGUACCUACAGACCAUCUUCGACAGCACAUCCGUGGUGCUGCCCUCCCAGCAGGAUGCAGCUAUAGUUGGUGCCGUGAGACUCCUGUCUGUGCUGAUCGCUGCUGUCACCAUGGACCUGGCCGGCCGAAAAGUCCUGCUCUAUGUGUCCGCAUCCAUCAUGUUUGUUGCCAACCUGACGCUGGGGCUGUAUGUGCAGUUUGUGCCAAAGCCGCUGACCCCCAACAGCACUAUGGAGAUGGUGACCCUGGGGGGCACAGAGCAGCCCCCAGCCACAGCCUUCAACUAUCUCACCCUGAUACCUCUGCUGGCCACAAUGCUCUUCAUUAUGGGCUAUGCCAUGGGCUGGGGCCCCAUCACCUGGCUCCUCAUGUCUGAGGUCCUGCCCCUGCGAGCCCGCGGUGUGGCCUCAGGGCUCUGUGUGCUGGUCAGCUGGCUCACAGCCUUUGUCCUCACUGAGUACUUCCUGCUGGCAGUGAGUUCAGCUCGGCCAGGUUCUCUGGAGAACUGCUGCAAUCCCCAAAGUCUACAGAUCAGAGCUUCUAUCCCAAAGGGAAUGUCCACUACUCCUGGCCUCAAGCACUGAUGAGCUAAAGAUCCCCUGGGAACUUGACAACUCCAGGACUGCGGUCCAGGGACAGGUCCAGCUGAAGGUCUGGAGCAGGAGGGAGGCAGGACUCAGCACUUGACACAUCAUCUUCAGUCAGGCCACCAAACAUGGGCCUAAUGGCCAAGGACCCACCUAAUUAGCCACUAAUGCCGAUGUCCCAGGACCGUGGGAAGAGCAGUGCAGAGGAAGGUUAGGGACAGCAGGGCACGUCCCUGGAGCCAUGUGCCAGCGAAACAGCUCUCCCUGACCCGUCAUGCAGGCUUGCUCUCUGCUCUGGUACCCGAGAAGGGGCCAGCUCUGUGUGGGAGGUGGGUCUGGUCUCUUCCCAGCUCUCUAGAGGCUACAGACUGCCAAGGGCAGGUUAGGAAGAAUACCUGAGGUUAAUCCCUACUAAUAAGGAACCUGCUAUCCCUGACAAAGAGGUUCUCAGUGCAGGCUAGCAGCAAUACACACACCCAAACCACAGACAGACACACACACACUCACACACUCUCUAGCACUGAGCAGUAGGGACUCCUGUCAGCCCUCUGGCCACUGCCAAGGUUGCUCUUCUGGCCAGAAAGCUGCAUCCUGGAAGUGCUGCAGCCUCUCAAAUGACCAGCAUCUCUCCUGCUGCUGGUGGCAGAAGCUGGCCUCAGGACACUACUGCUCUUUUCCUCUGCUCUGAGGAAGGACAGGUGCAUGGAGCAGAACUGAAGCCCUAACUGCCAGCAAGCUUGAACCUAAAAAAGGAUGAAGCCUCUUAA